AUUAUAACCUCCUGUGUGAGAACGCAAAUUAAUUUAAAGCUCAAGAGCUACUCGUUACAACAAAUUAUAUAAUCAUAUUGUCAAACAGAGCGAGUGGAUUAUUAGUCAUCAUCAGAAGCAGAAGAUCGAAGAAGAAGAAGAAGAAGAGUAGUGAAAGAGUAAUAGUUACAAAUAUGGCUCAGACAGUCGGAAGAAACAUUGCAGCUCCAUUGCUGUUUCUUAACUUGAUUAUGUAUUUCAUUGUUCUUGGUUUUGCUAGUUGGGCUCUCAAUCGCUAUAUCAAUGGCCAAACCCACCACCCCAAUUUUGGAGGAAAUGGUGCAACAAUGUUCUUCCUGACCUUCUCCAUAAUGGCUGCUGUGGUGGGAAUUGUGUCAAAAUUUGCAGGUGGAAACCACAUCAGGGCUUGGAGAAACGACAGCCUAGCCGCAGCUGGAGCUUCCUCACUCAUUGCUUGGGCCCUCACUGCUCUAGCCUUCGGGUUGGCUUGCAAGGAAAUAAGCGUAGGAGGAUACAGGGGUUGGAGACUGAGAGUGUUAGAAGCGUUCGUAAUAAUCUUGGGCUUCACUGAGCUUCUAUACGUGUUGAUGCUUCAUGCCGGUGUUUUCAGCAGCAAGUACGGCCCAGGCUACCGAGACACCGACUACGGUCUCAGGGAAGCCGGAACUGAUCCUAACCUCAAGACGGGUGUUCCAGUUACAGGCACCGCUAGGGUUUAAUCAGGAGAUAUAUAUAUAUAUAUAUCAUCAUCAUAUUGUAUAAAAUAUAUAUAUUGUCUAAGUAUCAUGUUCAUGUGUGUGAUGAAGUCUUAUAAUUUGCAUAUCAUGUAGUGUUUCGAUGUCGUUUAUUAUUUCAAGUUGUACUUUUGGCCUUGA